AUGAGUGUUUCAAUGUCAGACCAUUAUGUAAUGCUCCUGGAGAAAGUUGUGGAGGAAAAUAAAGCACUGAGGGAGCAAGUAACAGCCAUUGUUAACAAGGACAAAACUGCCCUUGAAGAUGAUCUUCAUAAGAAGAUAGAUUGUCUAAAGACGACUUCAAAACGUGUGAGACAGACAGGGCCAUCAACAACGCAUGUUCAAAAAAUGUGUAGGGUAUGUUUAUAACUGCUUUAUUUGCGCUCUUGUUAAGUGUAUUAAAUUGCAAGUUUAAAGCUCCUAAAUAUUAAAAGUAUAAAUAAAAAUACAAGUAUACCCCAACAAUGACAUGUGAGCUUGGGAUGCUGUGCAUUCAUGAAUACUCAACUCAGCUACAUACCACAAAUUCAGUGUAUUGAAAAUUUAAGUUCACUUGAUAUUGAAUACAUAAAUAUCUAUAUUACGAAAGUUGGAUUGUUCUAAUGUUGGCUUAUCCACCAUUCUAUAAAGUUAAACGGCCUUUGUUGUAUCUUCUGUAUGCUUGCACAGCAGGACAGUUUUGGCGCAAAAAUUUCAAAUUCAUGGCGUAAAUACAUAUGGCAUAUGCAUAUAUUCUUGUAUAAUUAAUCAAUUUACUGUAUGCAUGUAUUUGAGGUCUGAGUAUUCUAGCUACACUAUAAAUUGCUUUCAAAAUGCAAAUAUGCUGCAGCAGCUCUUUGCACUGUGAGAAAUAAUUAUCACUUAUUUACUGAGACCGAGGGAGACAGUGUGUUUUGUGAACCCAAGACCUUUCAUACUUGCAGGUGGUGGUACCUGUAAGUGUCAAAGUAUGAAUAAUUCCCCAGUUAUUGGAGUGAACUUAAUUUGAAACCAAAAACUUGGAUAAAUGCAACGCCGUAAAUGUUUAAUAGAGAUCUUUAGAUUGACGUUUACGGCAAACGUCAAACCACUAGCGAGGUUUCUGAUUUUACAACUUUAUUCUGUUCUACAGUAAUCCAAAAGAAAGUUCAAAAUUUUUUAUAUGCUUUAGGAGACCUUCUGGGGGGUGAAGGCGCGGGCCAGCAAAUGGCGGUCGGUCACAGUCAAAAUAGCUCAUCCAAGAGUCGAGAAAUACAAACUGAAUAUUGCCUUACUGAAGCUCUUGUUAAGUACAAAGGAUAUCUUGAAUGUCAUGGCGAUGAAACGUUGAAAUGGUGGGGCGAUUUAGGAAGUUUGAAAGCUUUUGUAUUUGCUCUAUUUGGCCAAGAUGGCAAGUGGAGUUCCCCCGGUUGCAGUGGCAAAGCUUUUCGAAAUAAAUCAGUAACUAUUACUUGGUACGUGAACAAGAGAUCCCUACUCGUUAGUGGCAUCUCUGGCAAUACACUAAGAAACAGAAUAGUCAAUCAACUUAAAACUGGAGAUUUGGAAGAGUCGAAGGCAAAUUGCUCUUCAAACAAAGGAAUUUCUACUCGCGAUGUGGGCAUUCAAACAGAUAUAAGCCUGGUGAAUUGUUCUGAUAAGGACGGUGAGUUUUCUGCUAACACUUGCAAUAUGCUUUCUGUUGAUUUUGAGGGAUUAAAACUAGAAGUUACAAUUCUUGAAUCAAGAAUUAAUGGCGAAAUCUGUGUAAACGGUAAUGCAAUUGAGCAG